CCUUUACCGGUACAGUAACCCCAAUAUAAGCAUGGAGUUGUAAAACAUUUUUUAUCUUUUACAGUUUCUUUCAUCGAAUAUUCUAAAUUUAAAUUAGAAUAAGUAAUUCAUUUCGUCUACAAUUGAAUAUGGCCAAUUUUGGUACAUGUGAAACGCCAGGUUGCGAGGCUUCAGCAAAACUUCAAUGUCCCACAUGUAUAAAAAUAGGAAUCCAAGGAUCAUUUUACUGUUCCCAGGAGUGCUUUAAAAGCAACUGGAAGACACAUAAAAUCAUUCAUUCACUUGCCAAAGGGGAAAAUGCAGAUUCAAAAAAAGAAAAAGCCUAUGAUCCGUGGCCAUACUACAAGUUUACGGGAAAGUUGCGUCCAUUCAUGCAGUCACCUUUAAGGACUGUUCCGAAUAAUAUCGGUAGACCAGAUUAUGCGGACCAUCCGAAAGGGUAUCCUUUGUCAGAGCAGGCUGUUAAAGGUUCCAGCCAAAUUAAAGUAUUAGACGAUGAAGAAAUUGAAGGUAUGAGAGUGGCAUGCAAACUGGGGCGAGAAGUAUUAGACGAAGCCGCACGUGUGUGCGAUGUUAAUGUAACAACCGAUGAAAUUGAUAGAGCGGUGCAUGAAGCGUGCAUUGAACGUGAAUGCUAUCCGUCUCCUCUUAACUACUACGAAUUUCCAGCCUCUUGCUGCACAUCGGUUAAUGAGGUUAUUUGUCAUGGUAUUCCUGAUACCAGACCACUUAAGGAUGGCGAUUUGUGUAAUGUUGAUAUCACAGUUUAUCAUCGAGGUUUUCACGGUGACUUGAAUGAGACCUUCUUAGUUGGUAAUGUCACAGAUGAGCAUAAGAAUUUAGUAAAGGUCACGCACGAGUGUCUUAUGAAAGCUAUUGACAUUGUUAAACCUGGUGAAAAAUACCGUGAAAUUGGUAAUGUAAUUCAGAAGCAUGCACAAGCUCACGGAUUUUCUGUCGUUAGGAGUUAUUGUGGACAUGGGAUUCAUAGGCUAUUUCAUACAGCUCCAAAUGUACCUCAUUAUGCAAAAAAUAAAGCCAUCGGUGUAGUGAAAGCAGGACAUUGCUUCACAAUAGAACCAAUGAUUUCCAUGGGCACAUGGAGGGACGAGAUGUGGCCGGAUAAGUGGACUGCAGUGACAGCAGAUGGUCAAUUCUCAGCUCAGUUUGAACAUACUUUAUUAGUGAACGAUACUGGUUGUGAAAUACUUACACGGCGUAGAAAUAGUACAGGGUUACCACACUUUUUGGACAAAUUUUAGGAAGGGAAUUUAUAAUUUGUGGGGUUUGUGUCGAGUGGUAGCAUUAAAUACAUAUGUUUAAUUGUAAUGCGCAAUUUUAAUGUGGUUACUAGGUAGUGUGUAAACCUCCUUAUUAAUUGAAUAAAGUGCCUAAAACAGAAA